AUGUCACAUUCGAUUGCGUCAUCUGCACUGUUGCAACAUCAAGUAAAUGAGCCCGAACCAGUACAGAACAUUAACACUUGCUGUGGUAACCCUUCUAGCAGCAACGCAACUACAAUGUUUACAUUUGAAGAGGCCGUUGAGGCAACUGAAGACAUGAAAGUAGAGCCCGAUCACUUUGAGAGCCACAAUGUCGUUUUGAUUCCCGAUGAAACCGAUGAACAACAACAGCAUCACCACCACCACCACCACCACCACAACCGUGGUCAGCACCUCUACAGUAAGGUGAAUCGUGCUAGAAAGAGUACCGAUGAGGCCAAUAACAGUAAGGCCUCACUCUGCCUGGGUGAAAGUGAACACAUUGAAACGUUGCGACGCAUCGAGGAGACGGAAUCACGCCGCCUGUGGGCGAACAUUGUCGCCUUCUGUCGGCUGAACGCCAUCAACUUCAUCGACGACUCAUUUCCGCCCAGCAAUGCGUCGCUGUACGCUGCACAAAGACAGCAGCAUCAGCAACAGCAAAACCCAACUGAGCCGGCCAUUGCCUUCUCAGCCAGCACAGCCAACACCACUGAAAUCUUCUGGGCACGGCCUGAUGAGCUGCGAUCAGAUCCGGCGGAAAGCAUCAGCAGUGACCAAGCUGCUUCCCAGUGGACCGUCUUCCGGGGCGCCCCCCGCCCCUCUGACAUCUCCCAGGGCAUCCUCGGCAACUGCUGGUUCCUCUCGGCGCUGGCCGUCCUCGCCGAGCGCCCCGACCUGGUGCAGCGGGUGAUGGUGACGCGGAGCCUCUGUCCGCAGGGCGUCUACCAGGUGCGCCUCUGCAAGGACGGCCAGUGGCGGACGGUGCUGGUGGACGACCUGCUGCCCGUCAGCAGGGCCCGCCAGCUGGUGUACUCGCAGGCGAAGCGCCGCCAGCUCUGGGUCCCCCUCAUUGAGAAGGCCCUCGCCAAGGUGCACGGCUGCUACGAGGCGCUCGUCUCCGGGCGCUCCCUGGAGGGCCUCUCCACGCUGACCGGCGCCCCCUGCGAGUCGAUUGCACUGCAGUCGCCGGCAAACUCCGCCGCCACUGAGGAGCCCAUGGACGUGGACCUGAUCUGGGCGCAGCUGCUCUCCUCGCGGGCGGCCGGCUUCCUCAUGGGCGCCAGCUGCGGCGGCGGCAACAUGGCCGUCAUCGAGGCGGAGUACCAGGCUGUGGGACUGCGCCCUCGCCACGCCUACUCAGUCCUCGACGUCGUCGAUGUGACCGGGCACCACCUCCCACCACCACCACUUCGCCUUCUCCGCCUGCGCAAUCCCUGGGGCCACUUUGUGUGGAGCGGCGACUGGUCGGCGGGCAGUCGCCUGUGGACGGCGGAGCUGCGCGCCCGACUGCUGCCCCCGGGCGGAGCGGAAGAUGACGGCGUCUUCUGGAUCGCCUUCCCCGACGUCCUCCGCUACUUCGACAGCAUUGACAUCUGCAAGAUUCGCGCCGACUGGCAUGAGCUCCGCCUGCAGGGCGUCCUCCCGCCGAACGCUUUUGACAUUGACAACAUUCCCGUAGCGCAGCUGACCGUCCUGGAGCCCACUGAGGUGGAGUUGGCGCUCUUUCAGGAGGGUCAUCGCGGAAACGGAAGGGCCAAGUUUGCGCCGCUCGACCUCUGUGUGGUGCUUUUUCGGAAAACUCACAUCUCCACCAUGUCAAUCGGCCCACUGGUGGCGCACAGCCGACGGCAGAUUCGCGGUUUUGUCGGUUGCCAUGCAAUGCUGGAACCGGGCGAGUACACCAUCAUGUGUCUGGCUUUUAACCACUGGAACACCAAAAUUGUCUCAUACAGUCACUACCCAAAGUUCCUCCUUGCGGUGCACAGCUCAAAGCGACUUCUGGUGGAGACAAUCACUGCGCCGCCUUUCAUUCUCGCCGACUCCAUCAUCAGGCUUACCAUUGAAAAGGGGCAACGCCAUGAGGGUCGUGAAGGGAUGACUGCGUACUACCUGACCAAAGGCUGGGCCGGCCUGGUGGUCAUGGUGGAGAACCGCUUUGCCGACCGCUGUGUUCAGGUCAUCUGCGACUGCACCGAGUCAGUCAAUGUCGUCUCCACUCGAUCCACGCUGCGAACGGUGGACUCCAUACCGCCCCAACACCGUCAGGUGAUCAUCGUUCUGACGCAGCUGGACGGCACUGGUGGCUUCAGCAUUGCCCACCGCCUGACGCACCGCGUCUCCUACAGUUCCGGCCUCCACGAUUGGGGCCCAUUUGGGACUAAUCACGUGCCGCCAAUUGAUCGUUUCAUGUACGGUCUCCACGCUCCUCGACCCAUUGUUUGA